AUGUCAAUGGAAAAGCUAUUAGAGUUUCUGGAGCCAAAAACUUUCAGCAAAAUUCCCUUUGGGGUAGUGGUUAUUUGGAGCGUGAUUGGUGUCAUCUUCCUUGGUAUAUUCGCCGACAUGGAAUACAACGAACCCAGGUAUGAUUUCAACUGUGGCGGAGCGAAAAGUGAAAACAUCAAAGCCGUCCAGGGAAAAUGUUACGAGAAAUACGCGGAGCAACAAAACAAACUCGGUGUUCCUGUUUAUGGCUUCGUAAUCACGAAUUUCUUCCUUAUUAUAUCUGCAUGUGUUAUCUACUCCCUAAUAGUAAGACCAACAGUCAAUCGACUGUCGCCAAGCAGUCGUAACGGUGAUCCAGAGAGACAGCCGUGCGACCAAGGGAACCCAUUAUCGACGGGAUACAAGCUUUUUAUCGCUUACUGCUGUCAACUAUUCACUAGACUUGUUUUAGGAGUUCUUUCCAUCAUUCUACAAACUCAGUUACUUUAUCCUUUAAAGUUUUCCUCCAAGUUUGACUGUAAUUUAACCGAUGGAACCACUCAGCCAAGGAAUUCAACUGACAACGCCCAACACUCGCCUUUAUACGAUUGUCACAAUCAACGAGCGGCAAAGAAAACCUACUGGAUGUACGCUGUCCUUGGUGUGAAUGGAAUUCUUGUCGUUACCAUUCUGGUUGAAAUCGUUUACCUUUUUUCACGGGCAUGCAUUGAAAGGAGUUUCAUGCAAGACUCAAUGUUUAUUAAAACCCACUUCGGUCUCAACCAACACCUAGAUGGAAGGGAAACAGACACUGAAGAACUCCAAGAACGAAAGUUUCACGCAUUCAUCAAACGCAAAAAGGAAAUUAUUAUUGAGGAGACCGAAAGACUUUUAGAACUACAAUCGCCUUUUUCAGGUAAUCCAGGCGAAAACACAACAGUUAAACAUUUGACUUUGGAUCAAAUUUACACAAAUCUUGUUGUGAUUCCGAACAGAGCUACGUAUGACUUUACUGAAAACAGAGAGGAACAGCUCAAAAUUUAUCCAAGGUCGCGCGGGGAAAAAUCACAACCGAAAAGCAUGGAAGACCUCCUAAAUGUUGAAAAUAAGAAAGUGUUAAUCGUCGGUCGAGCCGGAAUCGGCAAGACAAUAUGUUGUACCAAACUUGUCAGAGACUGGGCAUUGAAUAAAGUUUUUCAAGCGACAGCUGGAGGCAAAAUCCAUUUUGAUGCCGCUUUCCUCGUGAAAUUCAGAAGAUUCAAAUCGGAAAACAACCUUGGCCUCAAGGAACUGUUAAUUCAGUCCGAGUAUUUCCCAAAAGAUCAUCUAGAUGACGAGGUCUGGAAUCACCUGCUUGAAAACCCUAAAGGUGUACUCAUACUUUUUGACGGAUUCGACGAAUUUAAACAUAACGCAAACGUGGUCGGGGCGCCUCUUUAUCCCAGAAGCAAUGAAGAGAAACAGCCGCUCCAAAUCCUUUAUCAGUGGCUUGUGACCGGGAAACUCCUAAAGGAUGCCUCAAUUGUGACCACCACGAGACCUACGGCUUUGUCGAGCAUCAAACACCUUCCGUUUCACAAAAUUUACGAGGUUCUAGGAUUCUCAUCGGAACAAGUUGAAGAAUAUGUCUACAAAUUGGCCGGAGAUGAGGAGGCAGUGGGCGAAACACUAUGGCGACACAUCAGUAGCAACUUGAAUUUGCUCUCGCUGUGUUAUGUCCCGGUCAACAGCUUUAUCAUCUGCACAAGUCUGUUAGAAAUCAUGCGAAAACAAGAGUCCGAAAGUUUCGCUGACGUUACCCUCCCUUCCAAAUUAACAUUGAUAUACAAUAUUGCAGUGAAAGUGUUUUAUUUUAAACAUACAAUAGAAUUGUGCAAUAUUUUGUUUCCUCUCGAACAUGAUUUGCCCGAAGAUGAACUGGAGAAUUUCAAGAUACUAGGAAAAGUAGCCUUUAACGGAAUCAAAGAAGGAAAACUGAUCCUUGGAGGAAACGAGAUAAAAGGAAUGGGAAACAGCGCUCUUUUUCAUCGCUUACCCGACCGUAAAACUGACACGCUUAAUCUUGAACCACAAUUCUGUUUCAUUCAUCUGACAAUGCAAGAGUUUUUCGCCGCGAGACACCUGGCAAAUAUGAGUGAAACAGAAUUAAAAAACUUUGUUUCCGAGAACAUCAAGGACGGCAGAUGGCAGCUGGUUUUUCAGUUUCUAGCAGGAUUAAUGGAGAAUAAAACUGACCUACCAAGCGAAAUUAUCACGGACCUUCUUCCUGUGAAAACUGAAGAAGACGAAAGCGCAGACUACAACGAACAGUGGACAGAGAAUGAAGAGCAAAGGAAAGUAACCUGCUGGCCGACUGAAGACGAACGAGAAUUAGCAGUAACAUUAAUUAAAUGUUUAAACGAAAAUAGCAGAAUGAAGUCAGAAGCACAGAGAAAACUUCAACAAAUGAACUUUAACUGCGUAAAUUUUAAUUUUUGUGACCUCACAGCUGUUGAUUGCUCUUCGUUAGUAAAUGUAAUUAAUGUUCAACAAAUUUCACAUUUAGAUUUAAGUCACAAUAACAUUGGUCCAUUAGGUUGUUUUGAGAUUUGUAGAUUGUUAAAAUGUAGGGAAUCUCAACUGAGCUGGUUAAACCUCAUGAGAAAUCAAUUGACAGAUGAAGCAGCAAAGUAUUUAGCUGAAGCCAUCAACAACAACAACUGUCAGCUACGCACGUUAAACCUCACAGCAAAUAACAUCUCACACAUUGGAGCACAGCACUUGGCUGAAGCCAUCAACAACAACAACUGUCAGCUACACACGUUAAACCUCUCACACAAUAACAUCUCACACAUUGGAGCACAGCACUUGGCUGAAGCCAUCAACAGCAACAACUGUCAGCUACACACGUUAGACCUCUCAGAAAAUAACAUCUCAUACAUUGGAGCACAGCACUUGGCUGAAGCCAUCAACAACAACAACUGUCAGCUACGCACGUUAAACCUCUCAGAAAAUAACAUCUCAUACAUUGGAGCACAGCACUUGGCUGACGCCAUCAACAACAACAACUGUCAGCUACGCACGUUAAACCUCUCAGAAAAUAACAUCUCAUACAUUGGAGCACAGCACUUGGCUGAAGCCAUCAACAGCAACAACUGUCAGCUACACACGUUAGACCUCUCACACAAUAACAUCUCAAACAUUGGAGCACAGCACUUGGCUGACGCCAUCAACAACAACAACUGUCAGCUACACACGUUAAACCUCACAUACAAUAACAUCUCAUACAUUGGAGCACAGCACUUGGCUGAAGCCAUCAACAACAACAACUGUCAGCUACACACGUUAGACCUCACAGACAAUGACAUCUCAAACAUUGGAGCACAGCACUUGGCUGACGCCAUCAACAACAACAACUGUCAGCUACACACGUUAAACCUCACAGCAAAUAACAUCUCAUACAUUGGAGCACAGCACUUGGCUGAAGCCAUCAACAGCAACAACUGUCAGCUACACACGUUAAACCUCUCACACAAUUACAUCUCACACAUUGGAGCACAGCACUUGGCUGAAGCCAUCAACGACAACAACUGUCAGCUACACACGUUAGACCUCACAUACAAUAUCAUCUCAGACAUUGGAGCACAGCACUUGGCUGAAGCCAUCAACAACAACAACUGUCAGCUACACACCUUAGACCUCACAUUCAAUAACAUCUCAGACAUUGGAGCACAGCACUUGGCUGAAGCCAUCAACAACAACAACUGUCAGCUACACACGUUAAAACUCUCAUUCAAUAUAAACAUCACAGAAGCAGGUAAGCAAAAGGCACGUAAUUUACUAAGCAAUAGUCAGUCUAAGUGUAAGCUAAUUCUUUAG